AUGAAACUACUAAUGUUAUUGGUGGUGCUGGUGUUUACACAGCCAAGUUCUGUUGGUUCUAGAGUUCUUUGUUCGGCUUCGACGGAGAAGAAUGAGAUUGCCGGCUCAGAAACCGGUGAUGGGUUUGAACCUGCCGGGCUAUCUUCAUCUUCUUAUUCAUCGAACUUCGUCAAAGGCCAUGUUUUGGAAAGAAACCAAGUAUUUACUCUAGCUUCUGGCCCCAGUAGGAAAGGCAAUGGCCACAAGUAG